AUGCGACUUUCCGCACUGCUUCCUCGUGGACCACACAUGAAUCUCAGUCCCAUUCUCGCCAGGAGGUUGGAGUUGUACAUUGUGAGGAAAGACGUGCAAGAGGCUGGCGUUUUGGCUGAUUUCAUGACCAAUAUCAUCGAUCUCGACACCUCUACUCUCCCUUCAGUCAACCACCUUGCCGGACUCAACCCCCACCGCUCUUUUCUUCCCUUAAUUCUGCAGAAUCAUCUUCACCAUAUCCAUAUAAAUAAACUCUCCCGAACUCUCAUCCACAACUUUCAACAACUCAUCCACCUCAUCAUCACUCAUCUUCUCACCCAAAUUCGUGAGAAUAUACCGGAACUGUCCCACAACGAUGAAACCC